CCCUUUCCCGCCGCGUCCCCUCCCCCAACUACUCGCAGCCCUCCCUUCGCUACACACACAACCUUCUCCCCUCCCCCAGUGGUUGCGUCCGUGACAUCAUCAUCAUGGCAACAAGAGCUGCAGCCUGGGACCGAGGAGCCCGUGUGAUUCCCGGCGGCGGCGGCAGUGGCGGCAGCACCAGCAGCAGCACCGACGAAAGCGCGAGGGCUUGUCUCCUGUUACCCUUCACCGGGUGCUCUUGAGAAGGCGGCGACAACAGUGCCUACACCGCCCCGCCCGCCGCCGCUCACGGUGUCUGUGUGUAAGGGGAGGGGGACAAGCCGAGGAAGGGAGGGGGCGCCGCCACUGCUGUGGGGCCGCCGCUGCGGAAGGAGCUGCCGCCGCUGCUGCUGCCACUGCCAGGUCACUAGUGAAAAGGAGGCGGUGGCGGCGGCGGCGAACAUGUUUUCAGUGAGGAUAGUGACUGCCGACUACUACAUGGCCAGCCCGCUGCAGGGGCUGGAUAUCUGCCAAUCCCCCCUCACCCAAGCCCCUGUCAAGAAGGUGCCCGUAGUGCGAGUCUUCGGAGCGACCCCGGCAGGUCAGAAGACAUGUCUUCAUCUGCAUGGCAUCUUUCCUUACCUCUAUGUGCCAUACGAUGGUUAUGGACAACAGCCAGAAAGCUAUCUGUCUCAGAUGGCAUUCAGUAUCGACAGAGCACUUAAUGUGGCUUUAGGCAAUCCAUCUUCCACUGCUCAGCACGUGUUCAAAGUGUCGUUAGUAUCAGGAAUGCCUUUUUAUGGUUAUCAUGAGAAGGAAAGAUACUUUAUGAAGAUCUACCUUUAUAAUCCUGCAAUGGUGAAAAGGAUAUGUGAACUCUUGCAAAGUGGAGCCAUAAUGAAUAAAUUUUUUCAGCCUCAUGAAGCGCAUAUUCCCUACCUCCUGCAGCUCUUCAUUGACUACAAUCUAUAUGGAAUGAAUUUAAUAAAUCUGGCUGCUGUCAAGUUCCGAAAAGCAAGAAGGAAAAGUGAUUCAUUGCAUGCAACUGGAUCUUACAAGGGUCGGCUACCAGGAAAUUCUCUUACUGGUACCUUGUUUCGGUGGGAAGAAAAUGAAAUACCAAGCUCAUUAAUACUGGAAGGUGUUGAACCACAGAGUACAUGUGAAUUAGAAGUAGAUGCUGUAGCUGCUGAUAUCUUAAAUCGGCUGGACAUUGAAGCUCAAAUUGGUGGAAACCCUGGUCUGCAGGCUAUAUGGGAAGAUGAAAAGCAACGGCGAAGAAACAGAAAUGAAACUUCUCAAAUUAGCCAACCUGAAUCACAAGAUCGCAGGUUUGUGCCAGCAACAGAAAGUGAAAAAAAAUUUCAGAAGAGACUUCAGGAAAUUCUCAAACAGAAUGAUUUCUCUGUCAGCACGUUAUCAGGAUCUGUAGACUACAACGAUGGAUCCCAGGAGUUCUCUGCUGAGUUAACAUUGCACUCUGAGGUUCUGUCUCCUGAAAUUCUUCAUUGUACACCAGCUAAUAUGGUAGAAGUCCACAAAGACACAGAAUUGAGCAAAGGUCAUACUAGACACAAAGUAGAAGAAGCUCUUAUUAAUGAAGAAGCAAUUUUGAACCUCAUGGAAAAUAGCCAGACUUUUCAGCCUUUGACCCAAAGACUGAGUGAGUCACCAGUUUUCUUGGACAGUAGUCCUGAUGAGGCUCUAGUACGUCUUCUUGCUGGUUUGGAAAAUGAUGGAUAUCAGAGGGAAAGAAAUGGGAUGCCAUCGCAAUGUCUUUCCUUUGGAAACACUAAAAACCCCCAAAAUAGUGAUGAUGAAGAAAAUGAACCACAGAUUGAAAAAGAAGAAAUGGAGCUUAGUUUGGUUAUGUCUCAGAGAUGGGACAGCAAUAUUGAGGAACAUUGUGCCAAAAAGAGAUCACUGUGCCGAAAUACCCACAGAAGCUCAACUGAAGAAGAUGAUUCAUCUUCAGAAGAAGAAAUGGAAUGGAGUAAUAACAGUUUGCUUCUAGCCGAUCUUUCUAUACCUCAGUUAGAUGGAACUGCAGAUGAAAAUAGUGACAAUCCAUUGGACAACGAAAAUUCUAGAACCCACUCUUCUGCGAUUGCAACAAGCAAGCUAUCAGUAAAACCUUCCCUCUUUCACAAAGAUGCUGCUACAUUAGAACCCCCAUCUUCUGCUAAAAUUACCUUUCAGUGUAAACACACAAGUGCCCUUUCUUCCCAUGUUUUGAACAAGGAAGAUUUAAUUGAAGAUCUUUCACAGCCAAACAAUACAGAAAAAGGUGUAGAUCAUUCAGUUGCUUCUUUCACAAAUGAAAGCACUUACUCUAUGAAAUACCCUGGAUCUUUAAGCAGUACUGUCCAUUCAGAAAACUCUCAUAAAGAAAAGAAAGAUAUCCUCCCAGUAUCCUCCUGUGAAAGUAGUGUUUUUGAUUAUGAAGAAGAUAUUCCAUCUGUUACAAGACAAGUACCAAGUAGAAAGUAUACAAACAUUAGAAAAAUCGAUAAGGAUGCUCCUUUUAUACAUAUGAACCGUCAUACUAGCGAAAGUACACUGGGCAAAAAUUCUUUCAACUUUUGUGACUUAAGUGAUUCAAAAAAUAAAUUAUCUGAAGGAAAUGAAAAAGGAAACAGCACAGCUCUGAACAGUUUAUUCCCUUCAUCAUUAACUGAAAAUUGUGAAUUGCUGUCAUGCUCAGGGGAGAAUAGAACUAUGGUACAUUCUCUUGAUAGCAUUGCUGAUGAAAGUGGACUAAAUAAACUUAAAAUUAGAUAUGAAGAAUUUCAAGAACAUAAAACAGAAAAGCCAAACCUCAGCCAGCAAGCAGCACAUUAUAUGUUUUUCCCCAGUGUUGUUCUUUCUAAUUGUCUGAGUAGACCACAAAAACUCUCUCCUGUCACAUAUAAACUGCAACCAAGUAAUAAACAAUCCCGAUUAAAAAUUAACAAAAAGAAACUUGUAGGUCACCAAGAGACUUCUACCAAAAUUAGUGACACUGGAUGUGCAAAAGAUAAUUGUGUACAAAAUAAUCCUUGUAAUGGUAAUUCUGAGAAGAAUAACAUACUGGCCAGUGAUUUAACUAAGGUCCCCCGUGGAGCUGUUGAAAAUAAAACACCUACAGAGAGUUUUAUAGAUUGUCACUUUGGAGAUGGAACCUUAGAAACUGAGCAGUCCUUCGGAUUGUAUGGAAAUAAAUAUACACUUAGAGCAAAACGCAAGGUAAAUUAUGAGACUGAAGAUAGUGAGUCAAGUUUUGUAACACACAACUCAAAAAGUAGCCUACCUCAUCCCAUAGAAAUUGGUGAAAGUUUAGAUGGAACUCUCAAAUCACGAAAACGAAGAAAAAUGUCUAAAAAGCUGCCCCCUGUCAUCAUAAAGUAUAUUAUUAUUAAUAGAUUUAGAGGGAGAAAAAAUAUGCUUGUGAAACUAGGAAAAAUAGACUCUAAAGAAAAACAAGUAAUAUUGACAGAGGAAAAAAUGGAACUGUAUAAAAAGCUUGCACCUUUGAAGGAUUUUUGGCCAAAAGUUCCUGACUCCCCUGCAACCAAAUAUCCCAUUUAUCCACUAACACCAAAGAAAAGUCACCGAAGAAAAACUAAACAUAAAUCUGCUAAGAAAAAAACUGGUAAGCAACAAAGGACAAAUAGUGAAAAUAUUAAAAGAACUUUGUCUUUCCGGAAAAAACGUUCACAUGCUAUUCUUUCUCCUCCCUCACCAUCUUACAAUGCUGAAACCGAAGACUGUGACUUGAAUUAUAGUGAUGUAAUGUCUAAACUAGGUUUUCUUUCUGAGAGAAGCACAAGUCCCAUAAAUUCUUCUCCACCUCGUUGCUGGUCUCCCACAGAUCCAAGAGCUGAAGAAAUUAUGGCCGCUGCAGAUAAAGAAGCAGUGCUUUUUAAGGGUCCUAAUGCAUAUAAUAGCAAGACUGUUAAUUCCCACAUAGAAAAAAAUAGUCGAGCAAGAUCGCAAGUGAAGAAAUCAAAAACAAAGCUUGUUAAUCCUUCUGUAGUUCCUAAGAAAAGGAACAAACGAAAUCAGACGAAUAAAGUGGUAGAUGAUGGGAAAAAGAAACUGAGAGCAAAACAGAAACAAAAAACAAAUGAGAAAAGUACACCAAGAAAGCACAUAAUGCUUAAAGAUGAAAAACCUAAAUCUCAGUCUAGUGCUGAAGUUAAGUUUGUGCUGAAACAUCAGAAUGUGUCUGAGACCUCACAUAGUUCUGGAGAUUCUCAACUACUCUUUAAACAGAAAGAUGUGUCAGUAAUGGGUUCUGCUAUAGAUCACUCCCUUUCUGCUCCCCAAACCACUGGAAUUCAUGCACAACAUAAUUUAUCUGGCUGCUUUCCUUCUUUCUUAGAAAGCAAGAAACCAGUAGAUUUGCAAACAUUCCCCAGUUCUCGAGAUGAUUUGCAUCCAUCAGUUGUUUGUAAUUCUUUGGGACCUGGAAUCUCAAAAAUUGUUCAAAGGUCUCAUAAUCAAAGUACUAUGUUUACUCUAAAGGAAUCAACCUUGAUUCAAAAAAACAUAUUUGACCUUUCAAACCAUUUGUCUCAGGUUGCACAGAAUACACAGAUAUCUUCGGGUAUAAUGUCUCCAAAGACAGAAGAGAAUGCAAAUACACAAAGGAACUAUUUGUCAUCUAUCGGAAAGUUAAAUGAAUACCGUAAUUCCCUAGAAUCAAAGCCAGACCAGGCAUAUGCCCCUAAUUUUUUGCAUUGCAAAGACAGUCAGCAGCAGCUUGUAUGCAUAGCAGAACAGUCAAAGCACAGUGAAACUUGUUCUCCAGGAAAUGCAGCAUCAGAGGAAAGCCAGAUGCCUAAUAAUUGUUUUGUGACUUCCCUGAGAAGUCCAAUCAAACAAAUAGCAUGGGAACAGAAACAAAGAGGCUUUAUUUUAGGUAUGUCAAAUUUUAAGCCCGAAAGGGUAAAACAAAGGUCAUUGUCAGAAGCAGUUUCACAAACCAAAGCACUUUCUCAGUGUAAAAGUCAAAAUGUAUCAACACCUUCAGCAUUUGGUGAAGGACAGUCCGGACUGGCAGUUCUAAAAGAAUUGUUACAGAAAAGACAGCAGAAAGCACAAAAUGCAAAUAUUUUGCAAGACCCAUUAUCUAAUAAACAUCAACCAAACAAAAAUAUUUCUGUUCCCCUUGAGCAUAACAAAACAAUUAAGCGAACACGAUCAGUAACAUCUCCAAGAAAACCUCGAACUCCCAGAAGUACAAAACCUAAAGAAAAAAUCCCCAAACUUCUUAAAGUAGACUCACUAAAUUUACAAAACUCUGGCCAGUUGGAUAAUUCCAUGUCGGAUGAUAGUCCCAUCUUUUUUUCAGAUCCAGGUUUUGAAAGUUGUUAUUCACUUGAGGAUAGCUUGUCUCCUGAACAUAAUUAUAAUUUUGAUAUUAAUACAAUUGGUCAGACUGGAUUUUGUAGCUUUUAUUCUGGGAGUCAGUUUGUCCCCGCUGAUCAGAAUUUGCCUCAGAAGUUCCUAAGUGAUGCAGUUCAGGAUCUUUUCCCAGGACAAACUAUAGAAAAAACUGAGUUUUUAAGUCAUGAUAACCAGAAUUGUGAUCAAGACAAACAUGCCUCAGACUCAUCCUCAUGGAUUAGAUCUAGUACUCUAAGCCCUGAACUAUUUGAGAAAUCAUCCAUAGAAAAUGAGAACCAUCGCCACAACCAGUGGAAAAAUAGCUUCCAUUCUCUAACUACUCGGUCUAACUCAGUAAUGGAUUCUUUCUGUGUCCAGCAGGCAGAGGACUGUCUAAAUGAAAAAUCCAGAUUGAAUAGGAGUUCAUUAAGCAAAGAAGUAUUUUUUAGCCUCUCACAGCCUGGCAGUUCAGACUGGAUUCAAGGUCAUGCCAGAAAAGAAAUGGGACAGUCUCUUGACUCAGUCAAUACCUCUUUCACUACAAUACUAUCCUCCCCUGAUGGUGAACUUGUGGAUGCAGCCUCCGAGGAUUUAGAAUUGUAUGUUUCAAGAAAUAAUGAUAUAUUGACACCAACUCCUGACAGUUCACCAAGGUCUGCCAGCUCUCCCUCACAGUCUAAAAAUUGCAGCUUCACCUCUCGAACUGCUCACAUUCUGAAACCACUUAUGUCCCCACCAAGUAGGGAAGAAAUUAUGGCAACCUUGUUGGAUCAUGACCUUUCAGAAACUAUUUACCAGGAACCAUUUUGCAGUAAUCCUUCUGAUGUACCAGAAAAACCCAGGGAGAUCGGCGGACGGCUUCUCAUGGUAGAAACUCGACUUCCAAAUGAUCUAGCUGAGUUUGAGGGGGACUUUUCCUUGGAAGGACUUCGUUUGUGGAAAACAGCAUUCUCAGCAAUGACUCAAAACCCAAGACCAGGGUCACCCCUUCGCAGUGGCCAAGCAUUUGUCAAUAAAGGGUCAAGUAAUAGCCAUAAAAUGGUUGAAGAUAAAAAAAUUGUGAUUAUGCCUUGUAAAUGUGCCCCAAGUCGACAACUGGUUCAAGUAUGGCUUCAAGCCAAAGAAGAAUACGAACGUUCCAAGAAACUGUCUAAAACCGAGCCAGCUGGAGUUGUAAAAUCUGCUGAGAACUUCAGCUCUUCAGUUAACCCAGAUGACAAACCUGCAGUGCCUCCAAAAAUGGAUACAACUCCCCAUAUACACCCUACUACAGCACAUACCAAGGACGAUGUUCAUAAUUUUCAGAUUGCUUUACAAGUUCCAACCACAGGAUGCAGUCAAACUGCGAGUGAAAGUCAGAUGCUGCCACCAGUUGUUUCUGCAAAUGAUCCUGAGAAAGAUGAAGAUGAUGAUGACUAUUAUGCUAGUUACAGCUCCCCUGAUUCUCCAGUAAUUCCGCCUUGGCAACAAGCCACAUCCCCAGAUUCCAAAAUAUUAAAUGGAGAUGACAGACCCUUAUCACCAGAAGAGGAACUAUGUUCUCUGACUGUUGAAAACUUCUUAAAAGUAAAAGAUGAUAUACAGAAAAGCCCCUGCAAUGAGCCUCAGGAGCCUCUAGUGAUAUCUCCAAUUAAUGUUAGGGCAAAAACGGGGAUAUGUGAGCCACUGUGCCUUCAUAGUACACCAAUCAUACAAAGAAAACUUCUGGAAAGACUUCCUGAAGCAACUGGCCUUAGCCCUUUAUCAACAGAACCAAAAACCCAGAAAUUGAGUCAUAAGAAAGGAAAUAAUACUGACACUCGUAGAAGAGUUUUCUUAACACAAGCAAAGAAUCAAUUUGCACCAGUAAAUACCCCAAAGAAAGAAGGUUCUCAGAUUGAUGGACCAUCCUUAAACAAUACUUACGGUUUCAAAGUCAGCAUACAAAACUUACAAGAAGCAAAAGCUUUACAUGAGAUACAAAAUCUUACCCUAAUCAGUGUGGAGUUACAUGCUCGAACUAGACGAGACUUAGAACCAGAUCCUGAAUUUGACCCAAUCUGUGCUCUGUUCUACUGCAUCUCAUCUGAUACUCCACUACCAGAUACGGACAAAACAGAACUCACGGGUGUGAUAGUGAUUGAUAAAGACAAGACAGUCUCCAGUCAAGAUAUCAGAUAUCAGACCCCAUUACUUAUUAGGUCUGGAAUUACAAGACUAGAAGUUACCUAUGCUGCUGAUGAGAAGGCACUUUUUCAAGAAAUUGCAGAUAUAAUAAAGAGGUAUGAUCCUGAUAUUCUGCUAGGUUAUGAGAUUCAGAUGCACUCCUGGGGUUACCUCUUACAAAGGGCUGCUGCCCUAAGUGUUGACUUAUGUCAGAUGAUAUCUCGGGUGCCAGAUGACAAAAUUGAAAACAGAUUUGCAGCUGAAAGAGAUGAGUAUGGAUCAGAUACAAUGAGUGAGAUAAAUAUCGUUGGCCGAAUUACACUAAAUCUGUGGCGAAUCAUGAGAAAUGAGGUGGCUCUAACUAACUACACCUUUGAAAAUGUGAGCUUUCAUGUUCUUCAUCAGCGUUUUCCCCUCUUUACCUUUCGAGUCUUAUCAGAUUGGUUUGAUAACAAGACAGAUCUGUACAGAUGGAAAAUGGUUGAUCAUUACAUCAGCCGUGUCCGUGGAAAUCUCCAAAUGCUGGAACAGGUGGACCUAAUUGGAAAAACCAGUGAAAUGGCUAGACUUUUUGGCAUUCAGUUUUUACAUGUACUGACAAGGGGUUCUCAGUACCGUGUGGAAUCAAUGAUGUUGCGUAUUGCUAAACCAAUGAACUAUAUUCCUGUGACACCGAGUGUACAGCAGAGGUCCCAAAUGAGAGCCCCACAGUGUGUCCCGCUCAUUAUGGAGCCUGAAUCUCGCUUCUAUAGCAACUCAGUUCUUGUUUUGGAUUUCCAGUCACUAUACCCUUCUAUUGUGAUUGCGUACAACUACUGUUUUUCCACCUGCCUUGGCCAUGUGGAGAACUUGGGAAAGUAUGAUGAAUUUAAAUUUGGCUGCUCCUCUCUAAGAGUACCUCCAGAUUUACUUUACCAGAUUAGGCAUGACAUCACAGUGUCCCCCAAUGGAAUAGCUUUUGUCAAGCCUUCAGUAAGAAAGGGUGUGCUACCAAGAAUGCUCGAAGAAAUUUUGAAGACUAGACUCAUGGUGAAGCAGUCAAUGAAGGCUUACAAGCAAGACAGAGCCCUCUCACGAAUGCUCGAUGCACGUCAGCUAGGACUUAAGCUUAUUGCAAAUGUCACAUUUGGCUACACAGCUGCUAAUUUUUCUGGGAGAAUGCCAUGCAUUGAGGUUGGUGAUAGUAUUGUUCACAAAGCCAGAGAGACCUUGGAACGAGCCAUUAAACUGGUGAAUGAUACCAAGAAAUGGGGUGCCAGGGUUGUAUAUGGUGAUACUGACAGUAUGUUUGUGCUGCUGAAAGGAGCUACUAAGGAGCAGUCUUUUAAGAUUGGUCAGGAGAUUGCUGAAGCUGUAACUGCCACCAAUCCAAAGCCAGUGAAACUGAAGUUUGAAAAGGUGUAUUUGCCCUGUGUUUUACAAACAAAAAAGAGGUAUGUGGGUUACAUGUAUGAAGCACUGGAUCAGAAGGACCCAGUGUUUGAUGCAAAAGGAAUAGAAACAGUCAGAAGAGAUUCCUGCCCUGCUGUUUCUAAGAUACUUGAGCGUUCUCUAAAGCUGCUAUUUGAAACAAGAGAUAUAAGUUUAAUUAAACAGUAUGUUCAGCGACAGUGUAUGAAGCUUCUAGAAGGAAAGGCCAGCAUACAAGACUUCAUCUUCGCCAAGGAAUACAGAGGAAGUUCCUCUUAUAAACCUGGAGCUUGUGUGCCAGCCCUUGAACUUACAAGGAAAAUGCUUACUUAUGACCGGCGCUCUGAGCCUCGAGUUGGGGAGCGAGUGCCAUAUGUGAUCAUUUAUGGGCCCCCCGGAGUGCCCCUUAUCCAGCUGGUGAGGCGCCCCGUCGAAGUCCUGCAGGACACGACUCUGAGAUUGAAUGCCACUUACUAUAUCACCAAGCAGAUCCUCCCACCCCUGGCAAGAGUCUUCUCGCUUAUUGGUAUUGAUGUCUUCAGCUGGUAUCAUGAAUUACCAAGGAUCCAGAAAGCCACCAGCUCCUCUAGAAGUGAACUAGAAGGGCGGAAAGGCACUAUUUCCCAAUAUUUCACUGCCUUGCACUGUCCUGUGUGUGACGACCUGACUCAGCAUGGCAUCUGUAGUAAAUGUCGGAGCCAGCCUCAGCAUGUUGCCGUCAUCCUCAACCAAGAAAUUCGAGAGUUGGAACGUAAGCAGGAGCAACUUCUAAAGAUAUGCAGGAGCUGUACAGGUUGCUUUGAUCGACAUAUCCCGUGUGUUUCUCUGAACUGCCCAGUACUUUUCAAACUCUCCCGAGUAAACAGAGAACUAUCCAAGGCACCAUAUCUCCGGCAAUUACUAGACCAGUUUUAAAUUCUCAAUAUCACAGAAUCCCAGGUGCUAUUUUUUCAGUGUUUACCACUAAACUGUUGUGCAUGGUGCUUUUUCAACUUUCAUCGAGUCAAGUGUGUUCAUUGUCUGUCUAUUAUCUGAAGACUACGGAGACUUUUAUGCUAACUGAAUUUAAAACUGUAUUUGUUGAUCUCUGAAUAGCUCACUUCUUAUGAUGUACAAAUUCCUCAUCCUUUCACCUUUUAACCUUGUUUCCUGAUGCAGGUGUGGGGUUUGCUCCAGUGUGUGUGCCAUCUUGUAGAUCCGUUUGAGUAGCCCAUACUUACUUCCCCGUGGAAGGAGCACUGAAAGCCUCUUUUGAAAAAAACCAUUCGUGUGUUUUCCUCGAACUGUCUGUAUCAAGACGUGUUACUUAGAGACACCCACUCACUUUAUAAUUUUGACUGCAAAAUAUUUUGUAAAUACACUUUUUUACUUUUCAAACAACUGAGUAAAAUGUGCAAUGAAUUUUAUACAAAUGAUUUUCAAGUUGUUUGGUAUAUUUCCUCUAGGUUUUGCUUGACUCAGAGUAGAGUUGUUAUUCUGAUCAAACUGUGCAAACAGUAGUACCAUGUGUAGCAUUUUGAAACAUUCUUUUCUAAAACCGCUGUCUUGCUUUAGCUAUUAAUGGGGCAUUGUGAGGAACUGUGCAAAGACAUUUUUGUUACAAACCUGUGGGCCUGUUGCAAUACUUUAAAAAUAAAAAAUUUUAUUCCAUUUUUGCUUGUUUUGUAUAGACAUUUCUAUUGCUUCUAAAUAUGCUCAAAAUAUUUUCUUUCCUUACGUACUGUACAGUUAAUCUUAUUUGCCAUCACCUUGAACACGAAAUGUGUAUUUAGAAUAUUUGUAUAACUGUAAAAUGAAGAAGGAAUUAUGUGGUCCGUGCAUUGUUUUUUAAACUGGAAAUCAUUUUGUUUUAAAAGUUAAUAAUGGAAAGCAUAAUAAAAUUGAAUAAAAUA